AUGGGGCUUGUAAAUGACAGCUGGUUCCAGCCACCCUCCCUCCUUCUAACGGGCAUCCCCGGACUGGAAGCUGCACAAACAUGGAUCUCUGUUCCACUGUGUGUCAUGUACUCCCUUGCCCUCCUGGGGAACGGCACCAUCCUCUUUGCCGUCAAAACCACCUCCAGCCUUCACCAGCCUCAGUACAUCUUCUUGUCUCUGCUCGCAGCCACAGACAUGGGUCUGUCCUUGUCCACGCUGCCUACAGUACUCAGUGUCUUCCUGCUGAAUCACAGAGAGAUUGAGUUCCACUCUUGCCUAACACAGAUGUUCUUUAUCCACACCUUCUCCUCCGUGGAGUCGGCCAUCCUGCUGGCCGUGGCCUUUGAUCGAUGUGUAGCUAUUCGCAGCCCACUGCGCUACCCCACAGUCCUAACCCCUCCUCGGAUUAUCGGGGUAGGGCUUGCAGCCAUGACGAGGGGGGUGGCCUUGAUGGCCCCUUUGCCAGUUCUGCUCCAGCGACUGCCCUUCUGCGGGGCUGUCAUUCUCUCACACUGUUACUGCUACCAUCCUGACGUUAUGAAGCUGGCCUGUGGCCCUGUCAGAGUCAACCUCAUCUACGGGUUGUCCCUUGUCCUCUGUUCCUUUGGAGUUGACUCUGUGUUCAUUGUCAUUUCCUACAUCCUAAUCCUGAAAACAGUGCUGGCUAUUGCUUCUCAAGACGGUCAGCUCAAGGCACUCAGUACUUGUGUUGCCCACAUUUUCACUGUCUGCCUCUUCUAUGGGCCCCUCAUCGUGCUGGCUCUCAUUCAUAGGUUUGGUACGUUCACAACGCCUCUUCUCCAUGUAACCAUGGCCAACCUCUUUCUCUUUCUGACCCCUGUCCUUAACCCCUUGGUGUACAGCCUAAAGACCAAACAGAUACGGUCCACAGUGCACAAGAUAUUCAGAGGGCGGGGGAACUUGCUCAAUAGUCAAAUACGGGUUUUAUAA